GUUUGCCAUCAUCGUCAUCAAAAUCAUCAGAAGCAAUAUUUUUGUCAGAAAAUGUCAGUACCGUAAUCGCAGCCAACGAAACUGUUUAUAUUUUUGCACAACUUCCAAAUCAAAAAUCUAUUAAGUUAUUCUCGAAGAUGAGCAUCAAAAACGACAUCAAAAUCAUGCCCCGCUCGAUGGUCUGCGAGGACAGCAAUCUGCGGGGUGACAUCACCAUCUCCAGUGGGUGCGUGAUCCACCCGAGCACGACCAUCAUCGCCGAGUCGGGUCCCAUCGUGCUUGGUGAGAACUGCAUCGUCGAGGAGUACGCCACGAUCGUGUACCGGAUUCCCAAGCAGCAUCCGGCCUAUCAGGACGUGCUGGACGGGACGGUCAAACCGCUGGUCAUCGGACCGGACAACAUCUUCGAGGUGGGCUGCACGGUGGAGGCGCUCAAGAUUGGCGAGCGGAAUGUGUUCGAGUGCAAGAGCUACGUAUCCGCCGAUGUGGUCGUCACCAAUGGGUGCGUCAUUGGGGCCGGGUGUCGGCUGGUGGGCGAGCAGGUCUUGGCCGAGAAGACCAUUGUCCACGGGAGGCAGUGUCAGCAGCGGGAGGCGAUCGAGAAACAAAAGUCCCAAAUGGUUCAACUCGAUUAUUUGCGGAAGAUUUUGCCCAAUUAUCAUCAUCUGAAGAAAGCUACGUAUGAUCCGAAGAAAGUCAGGGCACAAGUUUGAUUGAGUUGAUUGUUAGAGUAAAGAAUGGCAAUUUAUGUUUAUUUAACCGUAUAUACACAUGAUACUGACUUAUAGUAUUUAUAUUAAUUUUAAAAAUGCAUAAACCAUCUUCACUUUUGUUCUAUUCUAUACUGCACAUUAAUACAUUAACAAGUAACGCAAA